UAUAGAUUGACAAUAUCAAAGAGAGAAUUUGGACCUGUUAGAAACAAUCAUUUUCAUUUCGUUCUUUCCUCGACAGUUCACGCAAUAAACAAUCAGUAAAUUCGUUCGGUCACGAUGACCGGCACUGAUCUGUUCGCAAUUGUACAAACUAUUUUAAUUGUAGGACUCGCGUAAUUAAUGCUCAACGGUAUUUCAUUAAUUAAGUAAUUACGAAAUUUUUCUGCAAUUUCUUUUUUUCAUUAGUUUGUACAAUGUAUAACAGUAUGGCGUUUAUUCUGUUUUUCGAAUUUUGGAUUAUUUAGAAAUCAUAAAUGAAUCGACGCGAGUAUGUAGGUAUCGAUAAAAUGAAGUAAUAAUACAGUUUUACGAACACGGUUUUGAAAAAUUGAUGGAAUCAAAAUACAGUUAUGCAGAUACCAGUGAUUGUAUCGUUUAAUUGCAAUACUUAUUGAUUGAAGAAAUAAAUGUAACGUGUCGUAUCGUAGUUGGACGACUUUUACACGGAACUCUGGGUUCCCUGAACUUCGGUAUUGCGUUUGAACUUGGCAGCUUGGGUUAUACACGUAGCGAUUAAUUGUCAACAUCUGUGCUAUAUUGAUGUUGACAAAAUGUGAUUACUUUCUCGCUUGUAAAUAGUUUCGUCAGAAUGAAUGAACAUUGUGAAAAGUAUGUGAGCAUUUAAUUUAUAUUACUGUUAAUCAAAAUGUUACUUUGUACGUGACCUUCUACGUUUUCAACAAACACAUUUAUUUCUCAUCGAGCACAUUUUUUUUUUAACUGCUUGAUUUGCAACGGAAAACUUGUAAAUCUUUUUUUAUGAAAAUAUUUUUAUGGAUACAUGUUGACACAUUGAGACAUCUCGAGAGAAUAAAUGUGUGAACGAUGAGUGCGUUAAACGAUUCGGUAAUAAUUUGCGACGCAUCACCAAACUCGAGUCGAAAGAAAACUUCCCCCAAAAAAAAGAAACAAAAAAAGAUUCCGAAAAGGACAUUUUACGAAGGUCCUUUAAAACAUAUCCAGUUAAGUAAAAGAUACAAACAACUACAAGUGCAACAAAAUCUAAAUGAUCGGAAGAAAGAAAUCGACAAUAAUGAAAAUAAUUUUUUUUCCUCUGAGAUUGCUGGUCUGACUCAAGAUAACAUAAUUAUAUUGAGCGACAAUGAAUGUGAAUCUACUAGUGCGGACAACGAAAAUGUUCGCAAACAUAAAGGAGACGUUCAAAAGAGGUUUCUGGAUGAGGUAGAAAAGACAAUAAUGUCUUACAAAAAUAUAAAUGCUUCAUUAAAACGUAAAAGACCUGGUGUUAUGACACGUUCAAAGAAAAGAAAACUGUUGAACUCUGGUGUAUUAUUAGAUAAUAAUUCAUCUUGUCUUCUUAUAUCAGACACAGAAGAUUCUGACGUGAUAACAGUUGAAGUAGAUGGUGAAAAUAGAGCACCAUUGGAUUCUGUAAAUCAAAGUUCAGACGAUAUUGUUGUAGUAUGGUCAUCUGCGAGUACAACUUUGCCUGAUGUUCAGACAAAGGAAAACAUAGCAGUGAAUACUCAGAUGAAGGAACACAAAGUAGUAAAUGCUCAGACAAAGGAAAACAAAGGAGUAAUUGAAGGUAGAGAAAGGGAAACAUUAAUAAAUUCCGAAAGUGAUCAAGGUGAAAUUGUAAGCCAAAAAGAGCAAGGAACAGAAACUCCAAAUCAAGAAAAAGAUAAUAGACUCUUCAUGAUAGAUCGUACUCCAGAUGCAAAGAAUCUUCAGUGUUUGUUGUUGUCCAGGAAGGAAAGAUCUAAAAUCUCAAAAGACAAUUUUGAAGAGGACAUACCAAACAAUGAUUCUCAAUUGCUUUUCAACAAACCAGGAUUAACAUUGCCUACUGCUCAAAAUAUAAGUGGAAGAAUAAUUAUGAAAAAACGAAGAUCGCUCUUUAAUACAUUAUCAAGAUUAGAAGAUAAAGCAUCUGAUGUAGAUAGAAGAACACCUCUGCCCAGUACGUCAAUUGAAAACAGUGCAAGUAAUAUUGAUGUACCACCAACCAAUGUGAAUGAAAGUAUAGAUACUCCACGUACUCAGUUAAGAGAAAUUAUUGUUGAUGGAAAUAAUGUAGCUAUGGCGCAUUCAAAAAGUAAACAGUUUUCAGAAGAAGGUAUACAAAUAGUGAUUGAUUACUUCAGACAAAGAGGACACACAGUGAAGGUGUUUGUACCUCAAUAUAGAAGAUCGCUGAAUAACCCGAGACUCGAAAAAUGGUAUGCAGAAGGUAUUGUGAUUUUCACACCUAGUCGUUAUAUUGCUGGAAGAUGGAUAACUUCUUACGAUGAUAGAUUUAUAUUACAAUAUGCGACAAUGUGUAAAGGCAUUGUCAUUUCAAUGGAUCAAUACAGAGAUUUAUACGCUGAAAGACUAGACUGGCGUGAUACAAUUCUCAACCGUUUGUUGGCUCCAACUUUUGUCGGAAAUAUUGUCAUGUUCCCUGAUGAUCCUUUAGGUAGGAAGGGUCCUACGCUUGACGAAUUUUUAAGAUAUAAAGUAUAUGACUUUAAUGUAAAUAGUAAGUAACAGUACAAGCAAGUACAAUUUUAUACAGGUAAAGUUCCUAUAAAUUCCUAUUGUAAAAAAGUCCAGUGUGAAAGACAUACUUUUGCUAUGUAAGUGUAUAAAUAUAUAUUUACGUAUAAUGUUUAUUGUUUACAUAUAUAAUAUAUAAAACCUUUUGACGAAAGGUGUUUAAACAAAAUUUUCUGGAAGGAACUUGCCUUCAUAAUUAUCAUUCUAUUAAACAUAAAAAUUAAAUAAUGAGUUGUAUACCAAAGGAAUAUAGUUAUUUGAUAUUAUUGGAAUAAUUUAAAUAACUGAAAAUGGUAAUAAUUAUUUUCACUAUUAGAGUAAUCAUUGUUUUUAUAUUUAUUUCUCUAUAAAUCAGUAAGUGUUUGAGAUAUUUCCAUUAUCUCACUAAUAUUUAGUUUAGAAAGAAACUUUCAUAAAUAAAAAAUUACUUCAAACACGAUUACAAAAUGAAAAUAUAAUGUCUUUGUUUUCGAAAAAUAUCUUCAAAUUAAAUAUAACAUGUUCAUCUGAAUUAUUGUGAUAUAUCAAAUGUUUGUAGAUCAAAAUGUUCUUUUCUUAUUAUAUUAUUUGUACCAACUGGAAAAUUAAAGAUUAUAAAAUAAAAGAAUUCAACAUUUAACAAACUAUAACUUACAUUGAAUUUAAAUACCAAGUACGAUGUAAUAACACGUUACAUAAAAAGAAAUCAGUCGUCUGUUUUAGAUGAAGAAUCCCAUGUAGGUCUCCAACACCAUUUCCGAGAUUUACGUAUGCUUUCCAUACUUUCUUGAGCUGUUUCUCGGGCUAACCGUUGCAUUGGGUUAUUAUCUGGAUUACAUCCUGAGUUCGAUAAUACUGUUUCAUGUUGGAAAGCAGAAGUAACAUCUGUAACAAAUAUUCCAUGCAACUUACUAUUGUUUAAAAUCAGUUACAUGCGCGGAAAAUACAAUAAGAAAAUAUUUACUUGCUUUGGCAAAUAGUUUCUUCAGCACGUACUGAUCAUCUUCGGACGGUGUAACUUCAUCUUUCUCGGACCGUCCAAGACGACGGCCAAUUAAAUGUGAAACACGUUCUCCCUCAAAUAUGGCAGAAACUUCACUACCUUCUGUUGAAGAAUUUUUCUUUUUCCUCUUAUGCUUAUGAUGUGAUUUAUGUGAUUUUAAUCUGAUGUCUUCAUUAUUAUUCAAAGAAGUCGCUUUACUUGUUUUACAUGAAUUUUCUGAGGCCUCCGUUAUAUUUAAAUCAUUACAGGAUGAACUUCCUACAUCAUUCCUAGAUUCUACCUCUGUUCCAGUAUCAACGUCUAAACAAUUCGUUUUACUUUCAACUUCACUAUUAUCAUUGACUGUCUUUUCUGGUGAAUUGUCUUCGUCAUUCUCUAAGCUUCGUUUUUUCUUUACAUUGGAUUCUGCAUUCAUUUGAAUCCGAGAUGUUUCUUCAUUUUGUUCGUGAGGUGAACUUUUAUUCUUCUCUUCUGUUAUGGUACAACGAUCGGUACCUUUCAAAUCAUCCUGUUCACUAUUAUCAUUUUGCAUGCAAUUACUCUCUGAGGCAGUAGUACUCUGUAUUGUAGAUGCAGGAGUAAGAGUUUGUUUGCUUAUGUUUUUACUAAGCGUGACUGCUAAUUUCCGCAUUUUCUCAAUCUUACUUGUCGAAAAUUUAGCAACCGUUGGCGUCAGUUUAGAGUCUCGGAAUAAGAGAUCGGAUUCGCUUGAAUGUCCGUCGAUGGAUUCAUUCAAAUUAAAGAGUUCAACUAAGUCAGACGUUUUGAACAAUCUUCGUUGACGAGGGUCUUCCAGAACUUUAUUAGAGAGAAGCAGUUUGAAUAUUUGCCUAUGGUAUAUCUGGAAAGGAGAAGAUUAUUGUAUAGGAACUAACAAGUUUAUGAAAACAAUUGUUUAAAAACUCACCUUCUCUUCUAUAGUACCAGCUGUAAUAAGCCUAUAAACGGUGACCCUUUUAUUUUGACCUAUUCUCCAAGCACGUUCUCUGGCUUGAGCAUCAGUUGCUGGGUUCCAGUCUGGAUCAUAAAUAAUUACUCGAUUCGCUCCUGUUAAAUUCACUCCUAACCCUCCAACACGAGUAGUUAAUAGAAAUGCGAAGUAUGAAGAGUCCUAGAAUGAAAACACUUAUAACUCUGAUAGAACAUGCAAAUCACAUCUUCAGUGAUUUCUGACGCACUUCAUUAACAUACAUACAUUAUUAAAUAAACGAAUUAUCUCUUGUCGCUGUGACAUGGGUGUAGUUCCAUCCAUCCUCAAAUAUUUAUAAUCUUCACUUUGCACUAGAGACUCUAAUAUAUGCAUCAUCUAUAAAUGCAAUUGUCAUUAAUCGGUAUCAAUAUACUGAUGUUUUAGAAUAAUACUUUUAAUUAUUUUCAAAUACAUACUUGUCUCCCUUGAGUAAACAACAGUACCCUAUGGGCCUGCUUCUUCCAAAUUUUAAGAAGAGAACGAACUACCGUCAUCUUUCCAGAACGUUUCCAACAGCCAAACUUUUCCAAUGAUUCCUCCGAUACAUCAAUGUCCUCAUCAGAUUCCUGAAUAUGCGUUUAUUCGAUUAAAAUGCACUGAUAUAUGAAAUACUGUAUACUGUCAUAUUGGAAUCUUACGAUUGGAUUUGAAAACAGAAACAAGUCGGGAUGGUUACAUAUUUUCCUAAGCGCCGACAGUGCUAUCAGCAAUCGUGCUCUAUAUCUACCACCCUCCAUGUGGGUUUUUUCAUGUAAAACAAAGGAGACAUCUUCUGAGCUUAAGUAUUUCUUGUAUAAUUUCUUCUGUUCAUCUGUUAGACUGCAGAAUAACACCUUGAAUGUGAUAUUAGAUUUAAAAAAUGUUAAGUAUUGGAUUGUAAUGACAUAAUUUAUGUAUUGUAUGAUUUAUCCAGUACCUGCUCAUUUUUUUCUGGUAAAGUAACAUGAUGUUGAACAUCGUUUUUCGUUCUUCUAAGCAUGUAUGGUGUAAUAGCAUCUUUAAGCAUUGUGGCAACUUGAAGUGCGGUAGCCUCUUGUAGAGGACUAGCAUUCGCGUAUCCUCCUCGUGUUAUGGGAGUAACACAGUGCUCUAGAAAUGCUGGUAAGGUGCCUAAUUUACCUGGCAAAAUGAAGUCAAAAAGGGACCAUAAUUCCUUUAACGAGUUCUGCAUUGGACUGCCAGUUAGUAACAGUCUGUGCGGAGUGGAGAAUUCUUUUACUGCUUUACUGACCUGCAAAUAAUUUAAUUUACAAUUCCAAUGUUCCACUUAAAAGUAGAAUACUAUUACAAUUGAAAUUUGUCUGAUGAAUUGAGGGCAAAUUACUUUCGCUUGGGGAUUCCUUAUUUUAUGUCCUUCAUCAAGAAUCACAUAGUGCCAUUGAUUGGCUACGAGUAAGUCCUUAUGGUUGAGUACUCCGGAAUAGGAAGUAAUUAAAAUACCACCAGAACCCAGGGAAUGUAUCAAGUACUCUAGAUUGCCUGUAAAAAUAUUCAUUACUUGUUAUACAAAAGGAAUAAAGUUUUAUUUUAAGAUACACAGCUGUAACGAACCAUUAUAUGUUCCAGAUUGGUGUAGGACAACCACUCUUAGAAUGGGCCACCAUUCGUGGAAAUGUUUUACCCAUUGUUCCAUUAAUGUAGCUGGACAAACAAUUAUACUUGGUCCUA